AUGUGUAGCAAUCUGUUAAAUUUAACUGUUGAUCUUGAAGGCAAUCAAAUUGAUGCUUAGAUUAUAUCAAACUUAGGUUCUGCAAUAUCAAAAUGUUGUAAUCUGUCAUCUUUAACUCUAAACCUAAGAUGGAUUAAAAUUGGUUCACUGUGUAUAUUAAAUUUAGGACCUUGGUUAGCAAAUUGCACUUAACUUUCUACUUUGGUACUCCAAUUUACUGGAAGUCAAUUUGGUGAUAAAGGUUCGUCUAUCUUAGGUUUUGCUCUAGCAAAGGGCACAUAACUCUAAAAUUUGUCUCUUUUCCUAGAAAGUAAUCAAAUUACUGCAUAUGGUGCUUCAGAUUUAGGUUCUGGUUUAGUAAUGUGCUCUAAACUCUCAUUUUUGCAUCUAAACCUUAGAAACAAUUUAAUUGGUGAUUUGGGUGCAAACAAUUUAGGUUUUACCUUAUCAAAAUGUGCUAAACUUUCUAAUUUAACAAUUGACAUUUCCUUCUUGUUGAAUUUAAAUUAUUUAAACAAAAGAUAAAUCUGA